CGGGGCUAUACUGGACUGGGGUUGGUUGGCACUGUGUGUCUUUGUGUCUUGCCAACCAAGAUGGCGGUGGACGAGUUAGGAGCCUUGGAGAAAUGUCUGGGACUAAAAGGAGGAAAAUACAGCUGUAAAGCACAGGGUGGCGGUCAGGUGAGAUGUCAUGGAGAUAAACGUAAAUCAGUCUUUAAAAGUAUUUAGUUCUUCUGAUUUUUAUUGCGGGUGUAUUGAUGUAUGCAAUGUGUAAUAAUGAAUGUGCAGAGAGUAGGACACACAGGGAAUUCUGAGAAUACAAAUCCAGUGACAAUGUGUUUAUAUUUACUGUAUUAUUUAACGAUAGAGUGCCUGGGGAACAACACCCAUUAAAGAUAUGGAUUUUAUGCACAUGCAGUUUGCAAUGGAGGCAGCUGUGUGUGGUGGUAUUUAUAGCACAUGCUGUAUAUGAUUCUGCUCACUUGUAACAAACCUCUCUGCUUUCUGUUUUGUUUGUAUUUCUCCCACAUUUUUAAUAUUUUUAAUAUUUUUUAAUUAAUGAGUUAUUAUAGUUGUAGCACUACAGGCUAAAGAUGAAAUCACCUACUGCAUGGUAAGCAGUGUGCCAUAAAGUAUAUUUAACAUGUUUGCUAGGGUGUUACUCCUCCUCUGGCUCCUGUCAAUCAGUCCUCUCAGGGACUAUAUUUUUUUUCCCCUAGGAUAUAUCUGCACUUUGUUCCAUAACCACCCUAUUGAAACCGUUUCAUAAACUUAGCUUGGGCUUGUUAAUAAUAGCAUUGUGAAACACUUAGUCACCCAUAGUGAUCGCUGAGACAGGGACUAUUCAGACAUGGUCCACAUCUCCCCUGACAUUAAAGGGACACUGUGGGCACAUUGAAGUAAUCUGGGUGCAUUGUCCCUUUUGCAUCUAGAAACUGCAGUAUUUACAUUGCAGCACUAACUAUGCCCUCAGUGGCUGUAUAUCAGGGAGAUGCAGGGAGAGCGAAUGUGCCAGGAAUACAGGUUUGUAUUCCUGGCACUAUAGUAUCCCUUUAAAAUAGAGCUGUUUUUUUUGUUUGUUUUUUUUAAAUCUAGCUGUGUAUAAACCUUAUGUAGCAAUGGCAUGACUGAUAUUGAUUUCUAUAUGAUGAUUUGAACUGAUUUUUGGGGGGGAUAAACCACUUGACUCAUAUUUAGGCAACUAUGAGAUAAAUCCUAAAAAAACAUAAUGGGAUGACACGUCUCAUCCUUAUUUGUAAGGGGUCUUUGUAUGCAGACCAACUAAAUUGUGCUCCAAGGGAUAAUUGAAUGGAUAAACAACUUAUUUGCCAAUAUUUUUUUUUAAGUAACUUUAUUACAGGAAGUAUGCAUUUAGGAACACAAAUAUAGAUAACAAUAAACACGUCGACUUAUAAACAUAUAGAUAUGUAGUCUUGUAAAUAUACUAUAUUAAUGGGUACAUUAAAAAGUUAAUUCAUAGAUUAUGGCUUGAAACGGUCUGACUUGUUACAAUGACAGUAUUUCAACUUGUGAGACAUUGAUGGUUACAAAUAAGCACUAUAUCUAAAUGUGGGUAACUCGUAAUAAUAUCGUGUCGUCAAUGUCCACAGGACGUCCGGCAUUAUCUUUUGAGGGAGCAAGAUUUUCCAGCCGGCAUACUGCUUGGCUGCAUCGUUAUGUAAUAAAGCUUCUUUUGAUUCUUUGUUUUUUGUUUUGCUAAAUUUGCUCAGUUUAAUAUGCCAUCUUUCACUGCACUAGCCAGAGUUUCCCUGACUAGCAUCCAUCCACCAAAAGUGUUUUCUGGAUGGUUUUUGCUAAUACGGUGCCAUAGACACAGUUUAGGUGACCGGCCAGCGCUGCCUGGGUUAAAAAAGGUGAUUUACUUGUUUUCCUCGAUAGCCUCCUGGCUCAAGCCGCACCUUCAAUCUUGAUGAUCUCAACCAAUCCAAUACUUGCACGUAAGAAAGCAACAGGAGCAUAUGUGUCAAAACACUGCACUGCAUUAAAAUACUGACCUACGCCAGCAACAAUGUUUUCAACUGCAGGGUUAAAAGGAAGGGUGGGGGGGCACAUUGCAGACAUUUAGAGGACGUGGUCUGGGUGCCUAUAGUGUCCCUUUAAACAUAGAGAAAGCAUGAGGAGAAAUGAAACAUUGUUUCUAUUCCUUCUUAUAUACUUAAUACAUCAGAAGCAUAAUCAGAUUUGCCAAAAGGCCACCGAGGACGUCAAGCAAGUGAGGGGUGACACCAUCGGUAAAGAGAUCAUUGAUUUUCCUCACCAGACCGAUUUUUAUCCUGCCCGGGCCAAACCAACAGGGAAGCUCUCCGGAAGAGAAGGUGCUCAAGUCAGAGAAGAUUUUAUUGUCUCACAGCAGCCAGCAACAUCUCCCACUAGACCCCUAGGGAUCAGGUGCCCCCUUUCCUGGCCCAAGGUAAGCAUCCUGGAGAGGGGAAUACACUUUACGUUUUUUGGUGGGGGGUUUUAUCCAACACUAUUUUUAAGCAGCAACUAUCCCCCACAAUAGAAUGCCAGUCCUCCCUCUAUAGCUCCUGUCCUCCCACCACAAGCCCUGUCUUUCCACUCCUACUACCACCUCCCCACAACAGCAUCUGCACACCCACCACAGCAGCUAUCCUUCCAAUAUUGCCUUUAUACCCACCACUACCACUAUCCAUCCCCCACAGUACAACCCCUGUCUAACCACCAUGGAACCCUACCCACUGUCCCUACUUCCCACUACAGCCACUACUAUUUCCCCACUACAGCCACUACACUUCUUUUUCCCCUACCACGACUGCUCCUCCCCCUCAACACACAGAUACGUCACUGUCUCCCCUAACACAAACAACACUCCCUAUCAUCCCAAAAUGCGCACUACAGCCCCUUGCCAUGGGAAAGAAAGGCGGUCCAAAUACAUAUCUACAUUCAAAGAUACUGAGUUUACACGAAAGCAAUUAUGAUUUGUAAUUUAAUCCACAAGACUCUCACAAGUCAAAACAGAGAAAUCUUAGUUAUGCAGCAGUAGGUUGGUUUAGGUAGCCAGCUCCAUCUCCUCUUCCAGAAAAUUACAUUUUAAUGCAGAUGGUAAUGCUGCUAUGAUGCUUGUGACUGCAUUUUAAUGUUUAUAGAUGCCAUUAAGCUUGCUGACUUUCAUAGUUUAUUUUGUAUGCAUUUUAUCACGUAAUUUAUCAAUAUUUGUCAUUUGUAUUGUUUGCUAGGUUAGCAUCUCUGCCUAUUUGUUUGUACUCUAUGUAUUGAAGACACACAUUGUGACCUCCUCCCUCCCCCCACUCUUUCUUUCAUCCUUUCGUUCUUUUUUUUUUAAUUCACUUUUAAGCAAUUGUUAUAUACAAAAUGUAUUCUUUUCUCCCUUCUGCUUAGGUUCCUGUGCUUCAGAUCAACAAGGGUCCUAGCUUAUCGGGGCUUGCCACCAUUGCUUCUUAUUUAGUGAAAGAGGCAAAAAAAGAAGAACUCCUUGGGGCUUCGAUAGAGGAAAAGACCAUUGUUCAACAGUGGCUGGAGUACCGAAUUACACGUAUAGACAGAUUGGCCUCCAAAGAAGAUGUCAGAUGUAUACUAAAGGUUGGUUGAUAACCAUCAUGAGUUCAAGCCUCAUUAUACAGUGGUGACAUUAUCCCUGAAUUAGUCCUUGUCUGAGCUUGUUGAUGGCUACAUCUGCCACCUGGUAGUCUAAGUUGCUUAUCAUUGUCAGAUCAGAAAUUGUUCAAAUGCUGCCCUUAGAUUAAAGGAACACCAGCACAUUAACCCCAGCCCUGAUAUGAAAUCAUAUAAUAUAAAAAGAUAGAUAACAGAAACCAUGUGCAAGAUGAAAAAGUACCAUCUUUAUGUUGGUGAGCGAUGGGUGCAUUUUGUGUUCCGUGUAGCAGAGAUGGCUGCAUCAGACUGAUACUCACUGCAGUAGUUAUAGCUGAUAAUAUAACAAGCUGAAUAACCCCACUACAUGGGAUAACUUUAUAAUAAAAGUUGUUGAAACAAGUAUUAGAUUCGCUUAGAACUUAGGUGAUAAAUUUGUUGUAACAGUUCGUAGACUUGCAUUACUGCGGAGAUUCACUGAACACUGUCAUCAGCAGAUAACUUGGUACUGCAAUACUUCUGGUUGGAAGAUGAUAGACACAAAUCUAUUGGAAUGAGUAAAAUGCAAAGAGAGGACAAAAUACACAAUAUUUAAAUAGAUGAUUAAAUAUGUCAUAUUUUAGUUUUUAAUGGUACAUUGAUUUUAAUAAAAUAUUCUUAACCUGUUCAUUUAUGUCAAUAUAUAUUUUUUUUUUUUUAAAUCUAGGAUCUUAACUUGUACUUGGAAGACAAAGUUUAUUUGGCUGGGAACACUAUCACCUUGGCUGAUAUCUUAAUCUAUUAUGGCCUGCACCCGAUAAUUGUAAGUAUUACGUAGUAAGGCUAGAAAAAAAGACAUUCUGACUUUUUCUGUAUUGCAGAAGAAGGCAAAAAAAAAGUUUUUUUCCAAGUGUGCAACAGUCUGGUCGCUCUUUGGAUCAAGAAGCUGUUAUCCCACAUAUUAAAUAUUCUACCCCUAAGUAUACUAUUUUUGCAAGAAUUCAUCCAGUAAGGAUGUAGAAUGCAGAUAAUUCUACAUCCUUACUGUGUCCUAUUUAUGAAUGUAUUUCCAGACAAUGGCUUGUAUUCUCCCCAAAAAUAUUUGUAUAAUGUUAUCAUAAGCCCUCUGACGUGCAGUUUUUCUAAACUAAGCAGAUUUAAGUUUGUUAGUCUUUCUUCACAACAAAUAUCUUUUAUUUCCCUUUUUAAUUUAGUAGCCCAUCUCUGCACGUUUUCUAAUUGCACACCUUAGCAAAAUCCAAGUAUGUCACAUUCACUGCAACAUCCUGAUCUAUAUUUCUUUUAGAAUGGAAAUAAGUUAACUUCGAUAUAAUCUAUGUUUUUUUAUAAAAACCUGCUGAUUUGUAAUAAUGACAUUGUUCUCAGUGAAUUGUUGAAUAUUAUCCCUUAAUAGCUCUUCAAAUACUUUCCCAGUCAUAGAUACUAAGCUCACAAGUCUAUAAUUUACAGACUGAGAUAAUUAACCAUUUUUGAAUAUAGGAACACAUUUGUGUUUCUCUAAUCCAGUAAUGGAUUUCCCCUCUUUUAUCCAAAGCAGAUAUGUUCCCAUAAGGCUUCCACAUUUUCCCCAUCACAUAUUACUUGCUUAAUAUUUGGCUUUAACGUAUGAUUGACAUACAAACAUACCCCACCCCCUUUUCUAUUCUUUCUAUCCAAUUUGUAACCAUUUAUGUUAAAGGACCACAGUAGUGCCAGGAAAACAAACUUGUUUUCCUGGCACUAUAUAGUCCUUAAGUACCCCCCUCCCGAUAGGCUAAAGGGGUUAAAACCCCUUCAGCCACUUACCUAAAUCCAGCGCCGGGCUCCCUCAACGCUGGGGACCUCUCCUCCCUCCUCCGACGGCAGCUCCUGAGUGGAGCCGAAUGCACAUGCACGGCCAGAGCCGUACACGCAUUCAAAUGGGGAAAGCAUUACUCAAUGCUUGCCUAUUGACGUUCUUUUUGCGAUUUUCGCUUUGAGCGUCGCGGAAUCGCCUCUAGCAGCUGUCAAGAAGACAGCUACUGGAGGCUGGAUUAACCCUGCAAUGUAAACAUAGCAGUUUCUCUUAAACUGCUAUGUUUACAGCUGCAGGGUUAAAACCUGGAGGACCUGGCACUCAGACCACUUCAUUGAGCUGAAGUGGUCUGGGUGACUAUAGUGUCCCUUUAACUGUCCAUUGUUUCAUCCCAACAUGUUUCUGUUAUGCCUAUUAUGUCAUGUUAUUGCCUGUAGUUCCCUUUUUUUGUUAUUUGGGCUCCUUGCAUAUGCAAGCAUAACUUUUUAGUAGUCUCAUGAGCCACUUGUACUGUAUGCAACAUAUUAUUACAUGCCUCGUUUGGUCCAUUCUCCUCCCCUUGUCCUGAGCUAUAUUCCAUUUCCCUUCUGUUCUCUCUUCAUUUUGCAACCUUCUCUGUACCUCUUCUUCCCCCCCUGUCCCCAGGAACAGCAAAUCUUCCACCAUUUAGGUGCAAUCUAAAACGGCUAAAGAGAUUGUACAGCAUGACUUCAGCCAUGCAUUAACCUCCCUAUUAAUCUCAUUCUGGCUUUCCGCUGUACCACAUGGCACUAGUAAUAUCUCUUAAACUACUACCUUGGAGGUCUUUUUCUUCAGUUUAUUUUCUAAUUCCGUAGUAAGAAGAAGAGAACUAGCUCUUAACCCUGAAGUAUGGUUAGAAAAUAAUUUAAAACGUAACUUUGAAUAUUGUAUUAGACAAAAGGGGGAUAUAUAUUUAUUUAUUUUAUUAUUAUUAUUUUUUUGAUUAUAUAGAGAGAGAGACAGACAAUAUUUGGUAUUUCCACUAGAUGGAGACAAAACUUAACCAUGCUAAGAAAUAUCAUCAAAGAAAAGGAUACUUGGUGAUCUAUUCACAAUAUAUACAGUGUUGAAAAAGGGAAAGAACAAAAAUAAAAAAUAAUUUUUAUAUAUAUAUAUAUAUAUAUAUAUAUAUAUAUAUAUAUAUAUAUAUAUAUAUAUAUAUACACACACAAAUAAGAGUUUACGCUGGGAUGUGUAUAGAUAGAUAGUAGCAAGCUGUGCUCAAUGAAAAUGCAGUGUUCUAUAGAGAAUCAAAUAAACGAUAUGUAACAGUUUAUCACCAGAAUGCAACAUGGUAUGAUAACAUCAUGUUAACUAUUCAGUGCUAGUCUUGCCAUCCUAACAAAUGUCUGACUUCCUUGAACAGAUCACUGAUCCUAAUCAGGGACAGGAUGAUAUAACUAAUUUAUUCUCAACAAACCCACUAACACGUAAUACCAACUGUACUGGUGAUAUAAAGCAGGUUUUUUUUGCAUUCCAAAAACUCUAUCAACAGCAGAUUAGAAGCCUUUGGGAAAUAGCCAGUCUUAAACAAUAUAUUGAACAAGAAUUGGUCCCUAGGGGCCUUUGUCCUGACAUUUUAUUACCAGAUAAAGUACAAACUGAGGAACAACGUAAUGAGUGGAAUAGUAUAUUACUAGACUGCUCUUUCAGAGUCAUUGAUUUUCUGGUAAAACUUGACUUGACUCAGUACAAUUUCAAGAGAUGAACACAAAAUUACAGGAAGAGAUAGUAAGUGUAAAAAACUUCAACCCCAACAGCCAAUUCACCUCUAUGGAAACCAAACUUCAAAAAAAUAUAGAAAAUUUCAGACAAAAUCUAAAGAUUAAAAAAAACAUGGCAAGUUUCAUUCAGCAUGACCACAAAUACUUUAAAGAAGGCCAUAUUUUUAGACCAAAACGUAACCGCCGCAGACGCACUAAUAGCUGUACCAGCUCCAUCCCUGUUAAGACAGACUGGUCAGGCUCGGGAAGUAAUUCCUCAGACCAGACCAUAGUGAUCAAACUAAUCAAUCCUCCAACAAUAGGGUUAUAUUCAAAAAUACUGAUCAGUAUCAUUUCUAGACUCUCCUGUAUCCACUAAUACUGCUGAGCCCACUCUCACUGCUACUUCAUCCUCGUCUUUUUUUAGACCAGGAUUCACCAAGCCGGCAGAGAACGAGAUUACGAGACAGAGAAAGAUGGGCCUACAAAUCCCGUCCCAGACCUUAACUUCUAAUUCCAAAUUAAUCCUCAGUCUAUCAGAUUUUACACCCCUUCCUGCUCAAUAAAGGCCUCUCGUUUGUCCCCACUCCAACUUGGGACAAGUUUGAGUGGUCAAAAGACAUUCAUCUAUUCGGACAUAAGCUAGCCGAGACGUAUUGCAUAAACUACAAAACAACCCCAGAAAUGAGCUUAACCUCAAAAGAUUAAGAUAUUAUCCAUGUCAACACUUUAACAGAACUAUGCACUGAACAAGAGGCUUUAAACCUAUGACCAAAUUAAAAUCAGGUAGCUGGUUCAAGCCUAACCUAAGUGAGGUUCCACAUGUCGAUCUAUUUGUCCAGCUAACCACUGAGGAACUGGAGAAUAGCACGAACAACAAAGUCCCCAUUCACAAUCUCACUUGGAACGAAAUUAGGGCUCUGAAGGAACUAAAAGAAGCUGAUAACACUAUUAUGAAGCCUGCAGACAAGGGCGUGAAUAUCGUGUUGUUAAACGUGACAAAUAUAUAGACAUCUGUGUGGACCAUCUUAAUGACCAUCACACCUACCAUUUAUUAACCUCAGACCCUACUAUCAAAUUCCUAUCUGAACUUAGAACAUUAGUAACAGACGCCUUUGACAAAAAAUUAAUCAGUUCCCAAGAGUUUAAUUAUCUCUUACCCAACUACAACCCCACCGUUGCCACAUUCUAUUAUCUGCCUAAGGUCCACGAGAACACCACGGACCCCCUCCCCGGGCAGACCAAUAGUUUCUGGCCACUGCUGCCUUACAGUAUUCUACAUCCUUUAGUGAAAGAGUUGCCAUCAUACCUUCAAGACACCAAGGACACAUUAUUGGUACUAGAAAACCUUGAAGUCCCACCAUAUACUUUAUUGGCUAGUCUGGAUGUUGUCUUUUUGAAUAGUAUCAUACCACAUGACAAAGGCAUUUCAGCAUGUAAAUUCUUGGAUCAAACCACAUAUGACGAAGCUCAAAAAGACUUCAUCUUAUCCCUCCUUACAUUUGCCCUGACUCAUAACUACUUUAUUUUUAAUUGCAAACUUUACCUCCAGGUGACCGGCACUGCUAGGGCACAACUUGUGCCCCUAGCUUUGCAAGUCUCUUCUUAGGAUGGUGGGAGCAGUACCUAUGGUAAAUACCAACAGUAUAUUUUACGCCGGUCUUGGUAUAUAGAUGAAAUACUGCUCCUAUGGACAGGUUCCAUCUCCAUAUUUGAUCAAUAUGUGGAAGAUCUAAACCACAAUGACAUCUCUCUCUUACCCAUGUAAUCCAUGAAAAUUACAUGAUUUUUCUUGAUUUAAAAAUCAUACUGUCACUUGAUGGAACUCUUCAAACACAACUGUAUAGGAAAGCAACCUCUACCAACAGCUUCUUACAUUGGCAAAGCCACUAUCCCCCAGAUUGAAAUCCUCUAUUCCAUAUGGGCGGUAUCUGUGGGCUCGCAUAAAUUGCUCAGACGAUAAAGAUUUCUUCCAGGUAUGUCAAGAACUCCGACACAGAUUUCAGUCCCUUGGAUACCCCAACAGGGUCAUAAAAAGAGCAUUUAACAAAUUAUGCCAAACUGACAGAGGAUCAAGUUUGAGAAUGACAAGGCCACCACCGAACAAAACCAUCAGAUACAUUGUGACAUUUGACAGUGGUUGACCCACCAUGUCUGACACCCUUAAUAAAUAUUGUCCUAUUAACGCACAAUCGGGACCUUAGUGAAUCUUUACCUAUGCAUCCAGCAAUCACAGCCAUCGUUCCGAGAAAAAAAAAACCUGCAGAUGCACACUGGCUAACCCCAACCAAAGGCACCUAUCGUUGUGGCCACUGUAAGGCAUGCAAAUAUAUUUUACCCAACAAACUCACCAAAUCUAACCAAACCAAUAUUACAGUUAACACUAAUGCAUCUGUUAACUGUAGCACCACUAAGAUCAUAUCUUAUAACUUGUUCCUGCGGCAAACAAUAUAUAUAAAUGUAUAAUAUAAAUAUAAUCUAUAAAACCUAUCAGGAAUUCAGGCGACGCGUCCUACAACAUGUUAAUUCAACUACCAACUCUGGCAAUCCUACUCCCAUUGCCAGACACAUUAUCAACUUUCACAAUGCCGAACCUGAUCAUUUGAGAUUUCAGGCCAUAGAGAAAUUAAUUCUUAAUUCACGCUGAGGCAAUUUUAAGCUGAAAUUACGCCAGAAGGAAUCCAGAUUUAUCUACAAAUAUCAAAUGAUGGCACCUAAGGGGUUAAAUUAAGAAUUUAACUUCACCCCUUUCAUUCAUUCAUAACAUGCUCUCUCAAUUGUAUAUCUCCAAUUAAUUCUGUCAUAUCUAUAUUCAUUAAAAAAUAUAGUACAAAACAGUUCUGACCGCUAAUCACAUGUUACAAGUAUUCAAAGUUCUCAUUACUACCGUCAUUAUAUUUUCUUAGGAGACUAACUUAUAAUGCUCUCAUAAUAUUUACAACAUUGGACACACAGUCUAUGUAUAUCUGGCUGUUACUUCAAUGAGACAGGACAUCCUUAAAAAUAUCUCUUUAAAACCAUUCCUCAUUUGACUUUACAGUUAAAUCACUAUAUGACCUAUUUUUUUAUGUUGUAAUCCUUCCACUCCUAUUGGCUGUCCUAUCUGUCAAUCAAUUCACUUAAGCUCCGGAUUGGUUAUUUUUCUACCAAUCAUCAGAUACAGCCUGAUAUUUAAAACUUCUCUCAGUAGAGGCUCGUUUCCCCCUGAAAGGCCGCCCAACAGGGAAAAAAAAAGCGCGCGUCGGGGCUCCAUCAUUCACCCAUGGUUAGACUGCAGAUGCUUCACUGAUAGUCUGUGAUCACUGGCGUACAAGCAGUACGUGUAUUCUUACAGACCUCCCAGCACUGAAUUCUUCAGCAGCGGUCUGACCAGGGUGAACUGACUUUCUGGCGUUCUGCUCAAUAGAGAUAGUUAAACUCUCUUUCUCACAGGUGCCCUUGAAGGCACAGACUAGCAAAUCCUUGCAGCAUUAUUAUUUCAGCGAUAGCUAAAUCAUCUUACUUACAGGUCCCUUUGAAGGCACAGAUUAGCAUAUCUUUGGAGCAGAAUUAUUUUCCCGACGUUUUUUACUUGCUACUGUAUUUUGGAAUAGUGAUAAUUAUCGGCAGUGCUAUUCAGUGGUGUAUUUUGGAUUUGUGCUGCCCUAGGCACGACUAAAUUCGGGCACCCCCAAAAUCUAAAUUUGCCCCCCCCAAUUAAUGUCAAGGCCAUUUUUUUGGACUGACAGACACAUGCCCUCAUUGAUACAUGCACUGAUAUACACUCACUGACAGAUACAGUCAUUGGCACACACAUACAGUCAUUGGCACACACUGUUUAACCAACACACACUGACACCCACUCACUGACAGGCACACACUCUCAGAUACACAUAAAAUGACAUACACACACUGACACACACUCACAGGCACACCCAUUCUCACUCACAGACACACACUGACAGCUACACUCAUUCACUCACUCACUCACAGUAAGGUGGACAGCCCCAGAACACGAGGCAAACAAGGCAUUUGUCUGGGAGUUUGGCGUGGCAUUUUUUGGCAACCCCCCUGAAAGUGCCUCCCUAGGCAAAUGCCUUGUUUGCCUUGUGGUAAAUACAUCCCUGGUGCUAUUCAGUGACAGAUUUAGUUUUGACAAUCCAGCAUAGGUGCCCUUGAAGGCACAGAUUAAGCAUCUGUAUAUACUAGAAUGCCGAUAUUUUCACCAUUACCAUUACAUAAACAUUGUUUAUUCUACACCAACAAUCCUUUCUAGGACUUCACCCCUCACUGUUUUAGUAGCCGUUGUACUUUGUUUGAAUUCCCAUAUUGCCGAGGGUUCCCCCUGGCACUGAAUAGUUAACAUGGUGUUCUCAUACCAUGUUGCAUUCUGGUGAUAAACUGUUACAGAUCGUUUAUUUGAUUCACUAUAGAACACUUAUUUGUAAAUAUAUAUAUAUAUAUAUAUAUAUAUAUAUAUAUAUAUAUAUAUAUAUAUAUAUAUAUAUAUAUUUUUUUUUUUUUUUUUUUCACUUUUUCAACUCUGUAUAUAUUGUGAAUAGAUCACUAAGUAUCCCUUUCUUUGAUAUUUCUUAGCAUGGUUACGUUUUGUCUCCAUCUAGUGGAACUACCAAAUAUUGUCUCCAUAUAUAUGUAUCUCUUUUGUCUAAUACAACAUUAAAAGUUACGUUUUAAAUUAUUUUCUAACCGUACUUCAGGGUUAAGAGCUAGUUCUCUUCUUCUUUCUACUUCAUUAUCCGGGUUCAUGCCCUGCUCUUUCAGCCAUACUGAACUUAUACAUCAUUCUUCAACCUUCUCUCUCCUCUCUUUUAUUUUCUAAUUCCCUUAACUUUUUCUUUAGGACCCUCCAUCUUUCUCUGAUAAUGUCAUUGGUACCAAUAUGGACCACGACAGAUGAGUCAUCCCCAGCCCAAUAAUCCACCCACUAUGUCAGUAACAUGACGGACCCUAGCACUUGGGAGACAGCAAACUGUUGUUGAGGUGAUAAAGUAUGGUUUUCUUCCAAAAAAAAGUCAACACUAGUUUUAAGCAUGCAAGUAUAAUUUACUUAUCUUAUAGCACCAAGCUCACCAAUAACCGUGUUUUAUGAUAGUCCAGAGAUUUUAAAGAGACACACAAAUAUGGAUAUCAAGCAAGGACUUUUUAUCAAAAUAAAUAAAACUUGCAUUUUAUUUCAGUUUUAUUUAUAUAUAACUCAAAGCUGCCAAAGAUGGGGUACUUUGACGUAGUUGGCAGGUUUAUGCAAUGUAUGAUCAUAUAAUGUAACUAAACCUCUGUUAUUUUUGCCUAGAUGAGGUGUUUGUUUUGGUUUUGUUUUUUAAACUGAUAAAAUCUGUCAACAUUCAAGUUGCUGUUUAGUGCAUAAGUGAGUGUGCUGGAUCUUGUGUAAUAUAUUUAAAUAAAACACACUCACACUCACACUCACACACACACUCACACUCACACUCACACUCUCUCUCUCUCUCCAGCUAACUCAAAUGAUGUAAAAGUUCUACACUGUUAGACAGGGCUGCAGUGUUCAUGGCAAACUUCACCAAGGGUGUUUUUUCAAAUUGCCAAGGCAAACUUUUCAAGGCAAGUGGAACUUCUGAGCUCUUUAUAUAUGUUUUGUUUUAUUUUAUUUUUUUAAAUAGUCUUUAUUGAAAGGUUUUCCCCUUUUUUUUUUCUUUUUUUUUUUCAUGAAAGACAAUACAAUACAACAGUUACAUACAAAUGGUAGGAAACAUUACUUCCAUUUGGAAAAAACAUCCAUGAAAAUUUUCUUUAUACAUUUCACUUAACCAAAAACAAGACAAUACAUUUAACUUACAUAUCUACAUAAACAAGACAAUGCGGCAAAGGAGAGAGGAGAAAACACAUAUCGAGUAAGAAUGUAUAUCUUAUAUUAUCCAAAGUAUGGCCAAUCUGACACAAUUUCCCUUUAAGUUUGUAAAGAGGUUAAUUUUAUUUGCUGAAAGCUCUAUUUAUUAAUCCUCUCCUAACAUUUCGUCCAAACAGUUAUUUUUUUACAUGAUUUUUGUUUACUCAACAACAGUUCCAUUUUAAUCUGAAACUUAAGCUGGGCUCUAACUUGAUCCCAAGGAACGUCCCUAUCAUUUUUCCAGCCUCUCGCAAUCACAAUUUUGCCAGCUAAAAAAAGAUGAAUAAGAAUAAUUUUCGACUCAUACGCCAUUACCGGCCAAUUUAGAUGAAGCAGGACUCAACUCAAGAUUCAGAUCUGCAGACACAAACCUUUGGAUAUUAGACCACAAGUUAUUCAAUUUGUUGCACUCCCACCAAAUAUGCUUAAAAGUACCUGUAACUAUGCCACAUCUCCAACAUAGAUGGUUUAUUGUGGGGUACAUUUUAUUCAAUUUAUCUGGUACUAAGUACCAUCUAUUUAGAGCCUUAAAAUGGGUUUCUAAUAAAUUUAGCGAGUGUAUAUUCUUCGAAACUUCUAUCAAUGAAAAACCCCAGUACCUCAUAUUUAUAUCUAUGUUUAAUUCUUCUUUCCAAGCAGCUAUAGCUGUUGGUGUUUUUUCUUUAUUACACAUUUUACUUAAUAGCAAAGCUUUAAAGAGCGGUUUGUUUAUCUUAUCUGAAUUAAAUAGUAUAUUUAUCAUGUUAUUUGGACUAGAUUUUGAUACUAUUAAAUGUGUCGUCAAAAAGCUUUUAAGUCUCAAAAAAUUGAACAGCUCUUUUGGUGGUAAGCUAUAUUCCUGUGUUAAUUGAACAAAGGCUUUGAUUGUACCUUCUGCAAAUAGCUGGGACAGCCAUGCAAUUCCUGCCUGUUUCCAAUUGUUAAGGUUUAUGAUAUAUGUUUUAUUUUAGAAAACAAGUUUAACAAAUAUAUAUAUAUCCAUAUUUGAAGGCCAUCUAUUAUCUUCUGGGAGACACUCAGCCAAUCAUAAUGUUCAAUAAGUUGUAGUUGUUCUGCUGACUAUAGUUUCCCUUUAAAUUUGUUAACCUCUCUUCAUAACUAAAAUGCUCCAUUCCUUUUAUCAAUUUUUUAGUGCGCCUCUGCUGGCUACUGCAGUCUCUGGUUUAGAAGACCCUAUUGUGCAUUGAUAAACUGAAUUUUCCUUUCUAGAAAGUAUAGAUUCGUACGACCUCCUUGGUGUAUGUAGAUUUUAGUAUACAUGACUUGAAAUUUCAGGGCACCAAGUUUGUAUUUUUGGAAGAACUACUAAGAGUUCUACACUAUGUGUCAGUAAUUAAACAACAGUAGGCAGUAUGAAAAUGUGGUGGCAAGAUAAACAUUGAGUAUUCAUUGAAAGUAUGUUUUAUUUUUCCAGGCUGAUCUUUCCAUUCAAGAAAAAGAAACCUACAUCAAUGUGUCUCGCUGGUUUAGUCAUAUUCAGCAUUACCCUGGAAUAAGACAACACCUCCCAAGCCUGGUCUUCAUUAAGAACAGAAUCUACACAAACCUUCAUUAGGUGGACAGACCUGUGGAAUGUGUGCAUCGACAUGCUGCCCGAAUAGUGUUCUUUUCAGGAAAUAUUUUGUCACUUUGCUUCAUUUCAUGUCAGAUGUGUUUGUAUGCUCCUUAUGAUUGUUGCAGCUCCUGAAAUGUACAUGUGAAAGGUUCAGACUGCAAAUCAAGCUCAAACUUUUUUAUUUAUUUAAAUUUGUUCUAGAUACUGAAGGGUCAAAGUAUAUAUUUGUCAUAUCCAUGCUUGGUAAAUCUGUGUUUUUAAACUGAUGUUAAGCAAGAAAAAAUGGCCACAUAUUUUGAAGUUUGGUCUUUUUUAUAUGCUACAUCUUCUUAAUUUGUUUUACUGCCUUGUGCCAACAAAUUGAAGUAAUACAAUUUAGUUCUAGUGACCACAUAUAAUUCACCUCUGCCCUUAAACUACAAAGAAUGCAAUAUCUCGCAAUGGAGCUCUGAAAAUAAAUUACUGUCUAAAUGUGAUUUUGAGACUUGAUUCCUUGCUACUAUUUAUUUAUUGUGUUUGUACUAAAAUUCUUAAAGGACCACUAUAGUGCCA